AUGGAGUCGAUAUUGGAAACUAUCCGGAAUUUACACGAGGAGAGAGAACGGCUCAUGGAUACAAUCGUCAAGGAAAAAAUUGCAGAAAAGCUUACUCACAAGGCUAAAGUUAACAGCGAGCAAAGAGUGAAGAAGUUUGUUGAUGUAAGUUAAUUGCAAGAAAAAACUAGCGCUAAUUUCAAGUUUCAGAGAUAUUAUGACGUUUCUGUCGAGCUGUCAAGACUCUACAAGGACGAGGACAACGCGAAGAGCAUUGAAAUGGACGCGAUUUCCGGACCGAACGAGUUCGCUGAGUUUUACUCUCGCCUGAAGGUCAUCAAGGAUGCUCACAGAAGAAACCCAGAUGAGGUUGGUAAUUAAUGCGUUUCAGGUUUUAAAUUUUUUCUUUGCAGCUUGCUGAGCCGUUAACCGUCGAAUUCCAAAAGAUCAACGAGGAGAUUGCGAAUCCAGAAAGAGCUGAGCCAGAUAUGGUCGAGUUCAGCGACGAAGAAGCGUAUGGCCGCUUCCUCGAUCUGCACGCACAGUUCGACAAGUUUAUCAAUCUGAAAAACAUCAAAAGAGUCGACUACAUGACCUAUCUGCUCAGUUUUGAAAAGUUCCUUGACAUCCCGAAGAAUACCACGAAGAAAACUGGAGCUUACAAGGAUUAUGUGAAUUCCCUGAAAGACUACCUAGUCUCGUUCAUGCAAAGAACUCGUCCUCUUCAUGAUCUGGAUGCUGUAUUCGCGGAAGUUGAUGCGACAGUUAGGAAGGCAUUCGAAGAGGGAACUCUUCCCGGAUGGGAAACUGAGAAGAUCAAGAACGGCCCACAGGCUUCUGCUGUUGACUUGUCGCCCUACAACAGUGCCGAGGAGCUCGAAGGACUAGGCCUGGAACGGCUGAAAGGAGCACUCAUGGCUCUCGGACUGAAAUGCGGAGGGUGAGUUGAUAACUUAUUUUUGUUGAAGCUUAAAUUCGAUGUUUUCAGAACACUCAAAGAACGUGCAGAAAGAUUGUUCGCCACGAAAGGACACAAACUUUCUGAUCUUGAGAAAGCCGCGAUGACAUCGAACAAUACGGAUGCUGAAAAGCAGAAGGCAAGGAAUCUGGCUAUUGCUCAAGCCGAAGCUCAUAUCAUGGCCCUAGCGGAGAUUCUGACCGAGGAACGCACUGGCACACGUGAGAAUGUCGAGAGAAAGCAGGCGAGAUCUGCCGGAGAAGUCGAAGAGGAAGAAGAGGAGGAGCCAAUGGUAGGUUGAAUCAAGAGUUAUCCUAUUUUAAUUCAUAAUUACAGAUCGAAGAAGAAGAGGAGGUUGAUGAGAGCGCACCGUACAAUCCGAAGAAUCUGCCGCUCGGCUGGGACGGCAAACCGAUUCCAUACUGGCUUUACAAGCUCCACGGACUCAAUCUGUCCUUCUCGUGCGAGAUCUGCGGAAACCAGAAUUACAAAGGACCAAAGGCUUUCCAAAAGCACUUCAACGUUAGUUAAUUUCCUUAUUAGCCAACAAAUUAUUUGUUAUUUUGCAGGAAUGGCGUCACUCGCACGGAAUGCGCUGCCUUGGUAUCCCGAAUACUUCACACUUCGCCAACAUCACCAAGAUCAAGGAUGCCCUUGAUUUGUGGAACAAACUGAAGACCGAGAGGGAAGUGGCCAGGUGGAAUCCGGACAUCGACGAGGAAUAUGAAGACUCGAGCGGAAACGUCGUCACUCGGAAGAUGUACGAAGACUUGAAGAGACAAGGACUCCUGUAA